GCAAUUAUUUCAAUGAAACGCUGAAUGAAGUAUCACAGCUGAGAACAUCAGUUAAAACAAUGGAAGAGCUGAUAUUCGAAACACAGCGGUUCUGGGAUUGGUAUUCGGGUGAAUUGUCGAGCAUGAUAUUUAUCGAGCCUGACACACCCAGUGACAUUACAUCGUCUGGGCUAUCGCCAUUUUCAGCCAUCUCUGCCAAGAUCAUAGCAAACCACUACAAUACACGACCCAAUAGCAUUGUGAUCUUUUUCCCCUGCGGUCAGCACCAAAUGACCACGGAUCCCAUGAGAGGACCAAAGGGUCUGAUUCGGUGGCUGAUCACAAGACUAUUGUCCGUACUGCAGGCAAAGACUGGGGGCAGCAUCGACCUGACACUUCUGAACGACCAGAGCAUGGUAGGAACACUCUCGAGGCAUGAUUUGGCCCCGCUUUGUGAGGUGUACCAGGCCCUGGUGACGCACGUACCUGCAGGAACCGAGAUCUUAUGUAUAAUCGAUGGGAUCUCGGCCAUAGACGUGGCGGGAAUGCUUGGGCAAGCGUUCAUGGUCCUGGGGACGCUUAAACGGCUGACGUCAGAUCCGCCUCCCGGGAUUGUUGUCAAGACCAUGUUGACGAGCCCUAGUCCUUACUGCCGCCUAAUCAGUUCUCUUUUACCAGGAGAACGUAUCAGGCUGCGUUACAGCGCGAUGUUCAACGGCACGGUGCUUGCUAGCAACUCUGCUGAGCCAACGCAAACAACAAACCACCACACGUGAACGUGCGAGGUGGAGGUCACUGGACUUGCGCCUUUCGACGGUCAACAAGGGCUAGUUCCCACGAGAUGUAAAUAGGUUAUCAGUGAAGUAUACUCAAA